GGUGUGUGUAUGUGUCUGUGUGGGGGGGGAGGGCCGCUCUUGCCGUUCCCUCGCCUGUUCGCUUCUCGUUGUCGUUUGUUUGGUUUGAAACGGGCGGACUUAACGGCCGUCGAGCGAGCACGAGCCGGAGAUUGUGCGGGAGGCGAAGGGUUGGUGGUGGGGGGGUCCUGUCACGUCCGAUAACUAUACGCACUAUAUAUAUAUAUCUCGAUAGAAAGAAAGAAAAGAAAGACAUGUGAAAACAUAAACCUAAAGAAAGAAGUUAUCUGUGCCAACCAAAGAGGAGAGAGAGAGAGAAAAGACAUGAGGAGGUGCGAGCGGCUCGCGCUCGUGUGCGCGCGGCCGACUGUCAAGGAGGCUGCGAGGAGCCGGGCCCGGAGCGGCGGCGGCGGCGGCUCCGGGAGAGCUGCGAGCCACUGGAUAGUGUGGCACUGAUGAGAUGGAAAUCACCAAGUGCUCAGAAGUUGGACGGUGACCAAAUUACACGCUUGACUUGAACAGAGACUUACAUAUUAACUUUUCUUGGCUUUACGUUGUUAACAACGUGACUAUUUUGUCAUACCAUGUACUUCAACUGUUAAUUUUCACGGGUGGACUGAGAUCAAGCUACUUGCCACAUCAUGCCUUUAUAUCAGAAUUCUAAAACUCUGCUGGAGAGUAAAAAGCCCACCGAUGAGGACAGAUUGAAAGACGACGAUUUUCCAGGUUUUUUCUCCUCCUUCAAUCGAAAUGAAAAGAUUGUGAUUACGCGAAGUGACAGUUGCACUGACGAAAGUGUGUUAAAAAUUACCAUCACAGAGACCACAGUGAUUGAAUCGGACGCUGGGGUUUGGAGUGUCAAGUCUUUAAUGUACCUGAGUCUCUGGUAUUUUUUCAGUUUCUGCACACUAUUCCUGAACAAAUAUAUCUUGACUUUGUUGGAAGGAGAACCAGGAAUUCUAGGUGCUGUCCAGAUGCUUUCAACCACUGUGAUUGGUUGUAUCAAGAUGUAUGUUCCAUGUUGUUUGUACCAACAUAAAGUUCGUUCUGAACAUCCAUCAAACUUCCUCAUGAUUAUGCUUUUUGUAGGAUUAAUGAGGUUUGCCACUGUGGUUCUCGGGCUGGUAAGCUUGAAGAACGUAGCAGUUUCAUUUGCAGAGACUGUAAAAAGCUCAGCACCAAUCUUCACUGUAAUUAUGUCCAGGCUCAUUUUAGGAGAAUAUACAGGUUUGUGGGUGAACAUGUCAUUGUUGCCUAUAAUGGGUGGAUUAGCAUUAUGCACUGCCACAGAAAUUAGCUUUAACAUGCUUGGAUUCUCAGCAGCUCUCUCCACCAAUAUCAUGGACUGUCUACAGAAUGUCUUCUCCAAAAAAUUGCUUAGUGGAGACAAGUAUAAAUUCUCCCCCCCCGAGCUGCAGUUUUAUACCAGCGCUGCUGCAGUGGUAAUGCUAAUUCCAGCAUGGAUUUUUCUUAUGGACAUUCCAGUUCUUGGAAAAAAUGGCCGAAGUUUCAGUUUUAACCAAGAUAUAGUGAUGCUCCUUCUGAUUGACGGAUUCCUCUUCCACCUUCAGAGUGUGACGGCAUAUGCUUUGAUGGGGAAGAUCUCGCCUGUUACUUUCAGUGUUGCUAGCACAGUCAAGCAUGCCCUUUCUAUCUGGCUCAGCGUCCUUGUUUUCAGUAACAAUAUUACAAUCUACUCAGCUUUUGGGACGGCUUUGGUCAUGAUCGGUGUGUUUUUAUACAACCGAGCUCGGCAACAUCAGAGAGACAAAUUCCACACUCUGUUGUCCCGCAGUAACAAGAGGCAAGAGAUUCAAUCCCUACUGAAUGAGAAUCAGCAAAUACCUCAGAAAUAACAGGCUGUGUACACUUCCUGCAGGAUGCAUCAUCCAUAAUGUGGAACAGGGUAUUUAAGAUGUAGAAAAAAAAUAAAAUUCUGGUUAUGGAAGCUAUAGCAUUUCAUAAAAUAUAGGGCAUUGUGUUUCACUGUGGAUUGUUCAAAUUCAGUACCAAGUUUUACUUUGUGAACAAUUAGGAGAGACUUGUGUGCGACUGCCUAAUAUUUUACCAGGUUUAUGCAGAUGGAAAAAAUCUUUUGACUUUAACCAAACUCUUAACUUUGAACAAGAACAAUUAAUUAUUCUGACGGACUUGGCUGGGGUAUUGCAUUAAUGUUCUUUUUAAAUAUAAGAAUUAAGGUGGACAUCUUAAUUUCAGUAACUUUUAAACGGGUAGUAUGGAUUUUUGUGCUUGAGAACUGUGUUGGUGUUUUUACAUGCAUUGCCACACUUGACAUGUUGCAAACAAUAUUCAUGGAGCACCUGAUCUAGCUACUCAGGGUUUACGAGGCAGAUCUGUAUCUGAGAAUUGCUUACCACCUGUUUGUGACAAUAACUAUUAUAAUAAUAAACGACUGUUUGGGAACACUGCUG